AGGUUUCAUAGAAUCACAAUGGUCAGAACGCAAGGGAUGCUUCUCUCCCAAGUAGUUCAUUGGGUGUGUGGCAAUAUAAUAUUUUUUUGGAUACGCCAUUGCCCAUAUCACCAUCGGAGGAAUUAAACCAAAUCACGAGUCCGAUCCCGACGAUCCGUAUACCAAAUUCUCACCUCUAGAGCCAACUAAAUACCCAUGCAGGGGUGAAGUAAUGUUUCCAUUUGUACACUUUGAGCGUGGUUAAAUAAUACUCCGUAUCUAUUACUCCCUGUCUUACUAUAUAUCCAUGGGCAAUCUUUUUUUUUUUUUUUAACUAAUCAUACUAAUUACGUUUGUCCAGUAACACAUUAGUGGUAAUUACCCGGAAGGUCUAGUUUCUACAAUAUCCUAUCAUUAAUGUCACAAGUCCCAACUGCCUUUUCUUUUCACAUUUAACUUUUUUAUUUUCACUCUUGUUUUUUAUUUCAAGACAUCUGCUCACCUCCUCCUGUAUCACGAGACACGCAAUUGUCCAGGAUUUUGGCACGUUCGUCCCCAUGAACUUGUCUCUGUUCAUCUCCAUGAGUUUGCCUCCUGCUUCCCGCCAGAAUAUUGGCUUCCUGCCAAGGAGUGGAGAUGUUCGUCCCCAUGAGCUUGCCUCCUGUGUCCUGCCAGGAUCUUGGCUUUCUGCCAAGGGGUGGGAAUGUUCGUCCCCAUGAGCUUGCCUCCUGUGUCCUGCCUGCUCCCAAGGUCAAGGUUCUGUACGUACGUCUUGCAAUUGGGCCUUGCUGGUCUGCCGGGGACAUACGUCCUUGGGGACGUUCGUAUUGCUCCGUGGGGACAUACGUCCCUUAAAAGGAGAUGCACCUUGUUGGUAUGAGUAGUACUAUUAAUCCAUUUAAAUUAAAUAUCAAGUGUUACAUCGAUGGCUUCCUGCGUAGAAAAGACGACCAGCGAACAACUAUUUUUGAAAAAGAGAACCGUACCAGUCUAUUAUUUGAAAUAAAAUGUGAAAGUUGAUAAAAGUGAUAUUAUUUUCAUUUUUAAUCUUUUUGUGAAAAUUACCCCAAAUUAUUUGUGUAUACAAAUCGCUCGUUAAGAAAAAGUCUGCAAUUGUCUAUAAUUGUUUGUAUACACAAAAAAAUGUAUACAUAUUGUAUACAAGAAGUGGCUCUAGUACAGAGUAUAACAUUCACAUUCCCAAACUCCAAUUUUAACCUUAUUGGUGUAUUAUUUCUUCAUUGAAUUACUUUGGAGAAGUCGAUCAUUUUCUAGCCCAUUCGAUUGUUCCUAAAAAAGGUGGAAUCUCCCACCCCAGGAACCCCCCACCCCGACCCGACAGGAUGGUGGGGAGGUUAGUCACGGUGACUCAGUCAGCAGAAUGGCAGUAGGCUCAUACACCCGUGUGUUGGAAAACAAUAAAAAAGGGGCCUAAUAUGUAAUUAAUUAAAAUGUGUUUACCAUCAGAUAAAUAAUACAGUGGCUAUUCAUGAAAUAAUAAAAGUGUAGAUACUGAGAUAAUAUAUUUCUUUUGGUGACGGGUCAAAUUAAAUAUAUUAUACUAAAGUGAUACAACGGUUAUGACCCCCGAUGCAUGUAAAUAACGAGAUAAUUGUAACGACAUAGUAACGGAAAAUAGCCUAAUAAAUUAUUCUACUUAUUGUAGCAAUAAUGUAGGAAUUAGAAAGGUUAACCGUUACUAUUCUCAAAUUAGUCCUAUAAAUACCCAUCAAUUAUAGGAUUAAGCUUUAUCUCAUAAGCUACAUAGCAUUGGAAGGUUAGGCCGAUCAAUCGUGUUGGAUUCCUAAGUCUUCCUAAAGUGUUAAUGCAAAUGAAUUCUCAAGUUAAUUUUGCGAGCAUAUCUGCCAAUCUCAACUCCAUCCCUGUCCUAAAUGGUACUAAUUUUAAGGAAUGGAAAGAAAAUAUUCUAAUAACUUUGGGCUGCAUGGAUCUUGACUUAGCAUUAAGGGUAGAGCAACCCGCUUCUCUUACGGAUGCUAGUACCCAAGAUGAAAAAAGGUACUAUGAGAAGUGGGAUCGCUCGAAUCGCUUAAGUCUUAUGAUCAUAAAGCGUGGCAUUCCAGAAUCCUUUAGGGGAGCUGUAUCCGAUGAGGUUACUAAUGCCAAGGAUUUCCUUUCUGAAAUUGAGAAACGUUUUGUUAAAAGCGAUAAGGCGGAAAUAAGCAUGUUGUUAAAAGACUUUACUUCCAAAAGGUAUUCAGGAAAAGGAAAUAUAAGGGAGUAUAUUAUGGAAAUGUCUUAUAUUGUUUCUAGGCUCAAGACACUUAAGAUUGAGAUAUCGGAAGAUGUUCUCGUACACAUAGUCUUGAACUCUCUUCCUAUUGCAUUUGAUCCUUUUAAAGUUAGUUAUAACUGCCAGAAGGAGAAGUGAUCUCUUAACGAGCUCAUUUCAUAUUGCGUGCAAGAGGAAGAGAGGAUGAAACAAAAUAAGACAGAAAGUGCUCACUUGGCUAGUACCUCUAAGGAUAAGGGUAAAAAGAGGAAUAGAACUCCCAUUAAGAAUGAAGUUGCUAAAGGUCCAGUACAGAAGAAACAUAAGGAAGGUGAAACAACUUGUUUCUUCUGUAAGAAGUCUGGACACAUGAAGAAGGAUUGUACCAAGUAUCACGCUUGGAAAGUGAAGAAAGGGUUGUCUGAGCCACCGCAAGCCAAAUGAUGCUGAAAGAUGUGUCUAUGUGGGAGAUGGCAAAGCGGUGCAUGUGGAGGCUAUUGGGCAUUUUAGAUUGUUAUUGUCUACUGGUUUCUAUUUGGAUUUAAAAGACACUUUUGUUGUUCCG